AAAAUGAAAAUGAAAAAAAAUAUUGCCAAACAGAUCCUUAGAACUAGAAGUAUAGAACAUGUGAUGUGAGUGGUUGAUAGCUUUAGCCAAUAGCCAGUAUCGGUCAAGAAAAAGAAAACUGUCUUUCUUUCUGUAAAAAUUUGCACUCAAUUCUUCCAAUUAGGGUUUUCAAUACUUCAUCAAACUCACUCUAUUCUCUUCCAUAAUCGCGCUACGUAACUCAAGUGAUAGGUGUGAGUGCUGAUGAUGAGUUUAGAAAUGGAAUAACUUGGAGUCGAUUUUUUUAGUAAUUCAUCAAGGUUUAAAAGUUAAAAGAUUCAUGGCUCGAAAGGGUAAUCAGCAGAAGAAUGGAAUUAAUCACAGAAAAGGGGGUUCGGGUGGUGUACUUCCGGGUAUGAAAGGUCAUGAAGGAGGGCAGGUGAAGGUUUUUCCGGCGGAGGAACUUGCAAAUGGUGGUCAUGGUGUUUCACAGAAAGCAUGUGAGGGUUGUUCUGCUGGUGAUGACAAUAACAAUGAGCGAAAGUCUGAGAGGUUUUCUCGGAAAGAUAAGCAUGACCUGGAGGAAUCAUCGUCCUUUGGGAGUAAUUCAGAGAAUGGAAAUGAAAAUGUUGAAGUUCCAAAACAAGGACAUCGGAAUUUUCGUAGACGUAAUCAAACUCAACAGAGUAUCAAGAGUAGAUUGAGCCAUUUAGUUGAAGGUUUGCAGUUGAGAGUUUUGGUAGAAAAUUCAGAGCUUGCCGAUCAUCCGGCUAUUAGGAGAUUACGGUUGUCAGUUCUUUCCAUUUUUACCGCAGUUACGGAGUGGCUAAUCAGGCAGAAGCCGUUAUUUGCAUCUAUUAGAACCACCGUUUUAGAAGCUUAUGCUAAUUUCAGAACAAAAUUUAAGCAGGCAUAUCCCAUUGUUCUGACGUGGCUCAUGCACUUUGGGAGUAUAAUCCUUCUAUUAUCAGUGUUUUGGUUGGACUGUGCCGUUCGGGGUUUUGAUUCGUUUGUACGAAUGGGUACAACAUCCUUCUUCUCGGUUAUAUGGUGCAGCAUAUUCUCCGUGAUUAGUAUGAUAGGGAUGCUCAAGUUUCUGGUUGUCCUGGGCCUGGCUGCCUUGAUUGGAUUUUUUGUUGGGUUCGUGAUUGCAGCUUUGGUAGUUGCUAUCAUUGGAGUUGUUAUGUUGUGGUUUUAUGGUAGCUUUUGGACAACUGCAUUUAUCAUCAUUCUAGGAGGAUUGGCAUUUAUGUUACGUCAUGAACGCGUGGCACUUCUUAUCACCACUGUGUAUUCUGUCUAUUGUGCUUGGCUCUAUGUUGGGUGGCUUCGUCUAUUCUUGGCUUUUAAUUUAGCUUUCAUCUCGAGUGAUGUUCUGAUAUACUUUCUCAAGAAAAACAUAGAUCAACAGAGUAGAUCGAAUCCAUUUGAACAAAGAGCUGGAAUGAACAGUCAACCAGGUUUUGGAAACGAUGAAUCAAUUCCGUCUUCUUCCUCUGAAAAUGGACCAGGACCAUCUGCAGAUCGUAAUGCAGGAGUCCCCUCGACUAGUGGGGCUGAUUCUGAUGUAACUUCUGAAGACGAAGUUGUUCGAUUGUUGCACUGCUUUGAUCACUAUUCAGCACUAGGCUUGACGCGCUAUCAAGAUAUAGACGUUUCAGUACUGAAGCGGGAAUAUAGAAAGAAGGCAAUGUUGGUACAUCCUGAUAAGAAUAUGGGAAACGAAAAGGCCGUAGAAGCCUUUAAGAAACUUCAAAAUGCAUAUGAGAUUCUAAAUGAUUCCUUGAAGAGAAAAGCUUAUGAUGAUGAGCUAAGGAGAGAAGAAAUUCUUAAUGUAUUCAACAGAUUUCAGAAUGCUCCACGUAGGAAUAGUAGACAUGGAUUCUUUUCUUCGGGAUUUGGCCAUUCAGACGCAGAUGGUGAGGACCCAUUUGGUGAAUCAAGGAGAAUAGCUUGCAAAAGAUGUGGCGGCUUUCAUCUCUGGAUACACACCAAGAAACAAAAGUCUCGGGCAAGAUGGUGCCAGGAUUGUCAAGAUUUUCACCAAGCCAAGGAUGGUGAUGGAUGGGUUGAACAAUCUUCUCAACCAUUUCUAUUUGGCUUAAUUCAGAAGGUAGACACUCCUUCUGCUUACGUGUGUGCGGAUAGCAAAAUAUUUGAUGCCACUGAAUGGUAUAUCUGUCAGGGUAUGAGAUGUCCAGCAAAUACACAUAAACCAAGUUUUCAUGUGAACACCAGUAUAAUGUCGAAACAAAAUCCUGGCAAAGGAACUAGCUCUUCAACUCAAAGGGGUGGGCGGGUGCCAACUCCUCCUAAUAUGCCAACACCUAAUUUUGAAGAAACCAUGACCGAGGAAGAAUUUGUCGAGUGGUUACAGAAUGCAGUACAGUCAGGCGCGUUUGACAAUUUCAACGGUGGCACUGCAACAGAAAGCCCAUCCCCCAAAUCUGGAAAUGGGAUGAAAAAUCCUGGCACUAGCGUUGGUAGCGGCAGCAAAAGAAAGAAAAAAGGAAAAAAGCAUUAAACAGAUCAUGUUUAAACAUACUAGUAACAUUGCCUUGUUGUGCACUUUGAAGGCUUGAAAAGCAUUAGUUCAGAGUUGCUAUCUGUUGUUUAUGCCCCAAAAUAGAGUUUGGAGGUCAUUGUAUAGCCCUAUUUUCCUAAUCUCUUAACUAUAUUGUUGUCCAAUAAUUUUGUUUUUUCAUCACUUUUACCGUGCAAAAUAUACAGCCUUGGGGCAAUGAUCCUUGUGCGUAUGAUUUUCCUAGUCAAUAUGCAAUCUUUAGCAUGCAAAACAUCAUGCAUCGUUCAUGGAUCA